CCCGGCUCCGUCUGCUUGGCGGGCGGUGUCGGGACGCAGGUGCCGGCGGAGGAGCGGAGCUAGAGGUGCUGACGGGACCGGCCGGGCCGGGGACGGGGCCCGGCGAGAGGGAAGGGUCUGCGCUGCCUCCCGGCCCGGCCGCGGAUCAGGCUCCUGGGACAAUGGGCCUCAGGCCCUGAGGACGCGGUGCUCCUUGUGGCCAUGACGACGGGCGAUUGCUGCCACCUCCCCGGCUCCCUAUGUGACUGCUCCAGCAGCCCUGCCUUCUCCAAGGUCGUGGAGGCCACAGGCCUGGGGCCACCCCAGUAUGUGGCACAGGUGACUUCAAGGGACGGCCGCCUCAUCUCCACUGUCAUCCGGGUCUUGGACACUCCGAGCGAUGGUCCCUUCUGCCGGAUCUGCCACGAGGGAGCGAACGGGGAGAGCUUGCUGUCUCCGUGUGGCUGCACCGGCACGCUGGGCGCCGUGCACAAGAGCUGUCUGGAGAGGUGGCUUUCCUCGUCCAACACCAGCUACUGCGAGCUGUGCCACACACCGUUCGCAGUGGAGAAGCGGCCGCGGCCCCUCACAGAGUGGCUGAAGGACCCAGGGCCUCGGACAGAGAAGCGGACGCUGUGCUGUGACAUGGUGUGUUUCCUGUUCAUCACUCCUCUAGCCGCCAUCUCGGGCUGGCUGUGCCUGCGCGGGGCCCAGGAUCACCUCCAGCUGCACGGCCGGCUCGAGGCUAUGGGGCUCAUUGCCCUCACCAUUGCCCUCUUCACCAUCUACGUCCUUUGGACGCUGGUCUCCUUCCGCUAUCAUUACCAGCUGUACACUGAGUGGAGAAGGACCAACCAGAAAGUACACCUGAAGAUCCGGGACAUGGAGGGCACCGAGGCUACGCAGCACUCCCUGCUGGCAGCAGGCUUCCUGAAGAAGGUGGCAGAGGAGACGCCUGUGUGAAGGCUGAGCUGGCAGGCCAGAGGCAGCUGACGAUGCCCUGGCUUUUGGGAGAAGGGAAACUGCCCGACCCUUCCUGCACGGCCAGAAUGCUUCUUAGGCCCAGAGACGGCGAGUGGAGCUGGUUCUGUGGUCCUGUGCGAAGAUGUUUCCAGAUUGUUUUGCACAUGUUGUGUAAGAGGAGGACAGAUGGAAGUGGUCCUGAGCUGCCCCUGGAGCAGGCACCCUGAUCUCAUUCUGAGGGCCACUCGGCUCCUUGCGGGCCAGCAGUCAUGGCCAUCGGCUAGCUGAGGGUGUCCAUGGGCUGGAGGUUCCGCAAGCUUCUUAUGCUUCUCUGCAUCUGGCAGGCUUACUUUCCUGGCACCUUGACUUUAUAAAGUUGCACUGAGUUUCAAAAACCCACCCUGAAUGAAUAAAAGGAGCCCUUGCUGGAUAAAA